AUGCCUAAAAUUAUUAUUGUUACUGGUGUGUCAAGAGGUAUCGGUAGAUCCAUUGUAGACAAGACUAUUGAAUUGAGUGAUGAUUCCAUUGUUUUUGGUGUAGCAAGAUCUGAAACUCCAUUAAAGGAAUUGAAGGAAAAAUAUGGUGAUCGUUUCCAUUAUGCUGUUGGUGAUAUUACUGAUGAAAACGUCAUCAAUAAAUUAGUCAAAGAUGCCAUUGCUACUGGUGGGAAGAUUGAUUCAGUGGUUGCUAAUGCAGGUGUCUUGGAACCAGUUCAAGACGUUAAUAACAUUGACGUUAACGCUUGGAAGAGAUUAUUCGAUAUUAAUUUCUUUAGUGUUGUAGCUUUAACAAGUGCUACUUUACCUUAUUUGAAGAAAACUAAUGGUAAUAUCAUUUUUGUAAGUUCCGAUGCCAGUGAUACACAUUUCAGUAGUUGGGGUGCAUACUCUGCUUCCAAAGCUUGUAUCAAUAGAUUUGCCAUGACUGUGGGUCACGAAGAACCUGCUGUGAAAUGUUUAAGUGUUGCUCCAGGUAUCGUUGAUACUUCUAUGCAAGUUAACAUUAGAGAAAAUGUUGGUACUUCCAUGUCUGCUGAACAUCACCAAAUGUUCAAAGAUUUAAAGGAAACCAAUAAAUUGGCCUCUAGUGAGGAUGUAGCAACAGUUUACUCUAAAUUAGCAUUAAAUGGUAUUCCAAAAGAUUUGAAUGGUACCUAUAUCAGUUAUGAUGAUCCACUUUUGAAAGACUUUGCUUAA